GGAGACAAUUUUGCAUCAGCUCUCAAUUCUGGCUCAUCCCGAUCCUUCAUCCUUCAGGAGUUCGCUUCCCUGGUGCUUUUGCUUCUCUCCUUCAGCAAUAGUCACCCUCCUCCUGGCCGCCUUUUCUCAUCGAACAGGAAUGAGAGCGGCUGCCCUGACUCUCGUGGCUUUCCUGCUGGCUUUCUCUCCGCCCCUUCGCUGCCGUCCGGGUGUCAGCUCGGUUUUCGACGACUGUGGCUGCUGCCAAGUAUGCGCCCGCCAGCUCAACGAGGACUGCGAUAAGCUGUCGCCCUGCGAUCCUCAUAAAGGCCUGGAGUGCAAUUUUGGGGCCGACCCCUUUGCGAACCGGGGCAUCUGUUGGGCAAAGCAAGAAGGUCGGACCUGCGAAUACAACGGCCGUAUCUACCAAAACGGAGAGAACUUCCAGCCUAGUUGCAAACAUCAAUGCACUUGCAUUGAUGGGGCCGUGGGUUGCCAGCCUCUUUGCCCACUGGAGCUGCCUCUGACUUCACUAGGCUGUCCCAGUCCCCGGCUCCUUAAAGUACCUGGUCAAUGCUGCAAGAAAUUUGUGUGCAGCAAAGGACCCAAGAAGUACAAAGGUGUCACCUUUGACCACAACUCAAAUGGAGAGGCCAGUAGCAAUGAAAUCAUCUAUGUGGGCAAAGGCGGACACUGGAAGAACCUCCCAGCAUGGAGACCAUUCUUCCAGGAUCAGGAGACCAAGCAAGAGCGCAAAUGCUUGGCCCAGACCACACCCUGGUCGCCGUGCUCUAAGAGUUGUGGUUUUGGCAUCUCUACCCGCAUCAACAGCAACAAUCCCCAAUGCAAGCUGAUCAAAGAAACCCGAUUGUGUCAGGUCAGGCCCUGUGAGCAGCCUGAUUUUACAAAGCUAAAG